CCUUCCUUUGACCUCCAAAGAAAUGCACGGUCUCGUUGCAUACGACGACGACUCCCAAAGCGAUUCGGAAGACAAAAAUUUAUCCACAGCGAAGAGCAAAAUUCAUAAUAAACAUGAUGUAUCACUGAAGACAAACGUUAAUAAUUCAGACUCGCGGAAAGUUGCCAAAUCACAAAUAAUCAUCAAACGACCCGCCACGCAGCGCAAGAGCCAUCCCAGAGCCCACUUAUCGGAAGAUAUUAUUGAACCACCAACGGCGAUGGCCAUACCUGAGCUAUCAAGCAAUGCCAGCCAGGAGGCGUCGUCAUCUCAGACCAUCCAUGAUCCCGAAAGCGAUAUAUCCCUGGUUCGACGCAUCCUUCGCCCACCGCCACUAGCAGGAUUGGAUGACUGGGGUAUACCGCCCGAGUCUACGGGACCCUGUGAUCCAGCCAUCGAGACGAAGCUGGCGCAGUUCCAUGCUCUGAAAGAUGACAGUAGCAACCCCAAACACUUCAAUGACUCGCUCAUGUCCAAUCGUUCAUUUCGUAAUCCUCAUCUAUACGCCAAACUCGUUGAGUUUGUGGAUGUCGAUGAGCGAAUAACGAAUUUCCCAAAAGAGGUCUGGGAUCCUGAUGAUCUGGAUGAGGACUGGUUUGCUGAUCGAAUCGCGGAGAAGCAGAAAGCCCGUUCGGAGCAGCAGUCAGCUGCGCAGUCGUCUUCGAAGCGCUCGCAGAUCGAUUUCACCAGUUCAAGUAAGGCGAAGGCGAAGGAACCACCACAGCCUCCCAGAUAUAAUCCAUAUGGUAGUCAUGGUCAGAGUAGUAGGAAGAAGGCUCGGUGGGGGUGAUGACACUGUCAUUUACAUACUUUCAAUCUUGAUUUCUCUUGUCUUAAGCAGAUGCCGGUGAUUAUCCUACAUACCGGAUUGGUGUUGAAUUUCCGAGAAGGUCAUUGUAAAGAUGUCGGCAAACAAGCACAAAAAUUUUACG